GCUAGAAGAGUUUGAGUCUUUAACUGCAGCCUAUAUUGCAUUUUUGGAGUGCGCUGCACCUUUAAACAUGAACCCUGUGUGCACUGUUCAGAAACAGCGAUACAGUGUUGCACUUCCAGUUUUAGGACGUAGAACUAUGUGUUGACUACAAUGGCUGCGUCCACCGACUCAUUUUACCUGGGGUUUGAUUUCAGCACUCAACAACUGAAGGUGGUUGCUGUUGAUGGGAACCUCAGUGUUGUCCACCAGGACAGUGUGCAGUUUGACAGUGAACUGCCAGAAUUCGGGACUCAGGGAGGGGUCCAUAUCCAUGCAGACAGUCUGACUGUCACUUCUCCUGUGCUCAUGUGGGUAAAGGCACUUGACCUGAUCCUUGGCAAGAUGAAGAAUGCAGGAUUUGACUUCUCGCGUGUGAAAGCUCUAUCUGGGAGUGGCCAGCAACAUGGCAGUGUGUAUUGGAGGAAAGGGACCAACCAAGUUCUCAGGGAUCUCCAUCCAGGAAAAAGUUUGCAUGAACUUCUGAAGGGUGGUUUUGCAGUGUCAGAUAGUCCAGUGUGGAUGGACUCCAGCACUACAGAGCAGUGUCAGUACCUGGAGACAGCAAUAGGUGGCGCUCAGAGAGUUGCAGACAUCACAGGCUCCCGGGCCUAUGAGCGUUUCACUGGAAAUCAGAUCGCCAAGAUUUACAAGGCCCAACCAGAGAAGUACGAGGACACAGAGAGAAUCUCAUUGGUAAGCAGCUUUGCUGCCUCUCUCUUCCUGGGCAGCUAUGCAGCUAUUGAUUACAGUGACGGUUCAGGGAUGAAUUUGAUGGACAUAUUCAGCAAACAGUGGGCAGACUCCUGUCUUGAGGCUACUGCUCCUCACCUGGAGGAGAGGCUGGGAGCCCUUGUGCAUUCUUCAGCUGUCUUGGGCCUCCUCUCUCCUUACCAUGUCUCUCGUUAUGGCUUCCCAGAGGACUGCAAAGUGGUGGCAUUCACUGGGGAUAACCCAGGGUCCCUGGCUGGGAUGAGGUUACAGGAAGGAGACAUAGCCGUGAGUCUUGGUACUAGCGACACAGUCUUCCUGUGGAUCAAAGAGCCGAGGCCCACAGUGGAAGGACACAUCUUCUGCAACCCAGUGGACCGCCCCUCCUAUAUGGCUUUGAUAUGCUAUAAGAAUGGCUCCCUGACCAGAGAGAGGAUCAGAAACAAGUGUGCUGGAGGGUCAUGGGAAGUCUUCUCCUCGGUCCUGAGGACUACACCAAUAGGGAACGACGGGAACAUAGGGAUUUAUUUUGAUGCCAUGGAAAUCACGCCGUCUGCAGUCGGAGUUCACAGAUUUGACAAAGACAAUACGAAGGUAGCCGGCUUCUCCGCCCAGGGGGAAAUCCGAGCCCUGGUUGAGGGACAGUUCCUGGCAAAGAGGGUCCACGCCGAAAAGCUGGGUUAUAAGAUCAUUCCAGGAACCCGAGUGCUGGCCACCGGAGGUGCUUCUUCUAACAAGGACAUUCUGCAGGUGCUAUCUGACGUGUUCGACGCUCCCGUGUACACCAUUGACGUGGCCAACUCUGCCUGUCUAGGCUGUGGCUACAGGGCCCUGCAGGGACUUGUUGCUGAAUCAGGAGUGUCCUUCGCUGAGACAGUGAGAAAAGCCCCAGAACCCCAGCUAGCAGUGACCCCAACUCCUGGAGCUGACAAGGUGUUCGCUCCCCUGUUGAGGCGUUACGCUGAGCUGGAGGAGAGAGUGCUCCAGGAAUCAAAGCAGUGACUGAACACGGGCAAUUAUUUCAAUCAGCACAUUUCUCCAUGGUCUGAUGAGCAAAUAUGAAGGACUUGCAAACCUGUGCCUUACACGUGAUUCCAACCUCUUGAUUUUGACUUUGUAAAACACCUUAAAAAAAAAGAAGAUAUUUAAGGUAAUUUUUCAUGAAUGCAUCUGCAAGUGACACGACCUUCUUCAAUUUGUUUAGUUGUGAUGACUCGUAGGGAUUACACUAAGAAUACCUAAUUUUCUUUGCAUUCUUCGCUUCUUCUGUCUAAUGGUGUAUUCAGCAACCAUCUCUGUUGUCAUGCCAUGAUCAUUUCAAUGGGCAUUUAGAUAGUCAAACAAGUAUUUUGGGAAGUAUGAAAGUUCCAUAAGGGAAUUGUCUUCUCACUCAGAAAUGAACUGAAUAAUUUUGUUCUCAUGGGAAUUCUGAAAGACCUACAGUAUUAUGAGUAUUCUGAAUCUUCAGUGAUCUACUGUGCUGAUGCCCUCAAAUUACUUCAAACAAUAAAAUCUAUUGAACUUUUCAUGACAA